GAUGGCGGAUUUUCAGUGAAAUUCUUUCCGCUCGACGCCUUUUCGCCUAUAAUCRCUAAAAAUAUUAGUCACACUACUAAGAUUAUAUAAAAAUGGUUUAUUUUGACUCCUGGGAUGAGUUCGCCAAAGCUGUAGAACAAUUAUAUUUCGCUGAACCUAAUAAGUUUCGUUUUGUUAUAAAAUAUCGACAUUGUGAUGGUAAAGUCGUUAUCAAAGGCACGGACGACAACAUGUGUUUAAAAUAUAGAACUGAACAGCAACAAGACUUGAAGAAAUUUGAAAAAUUAAAUAGCGUACUAAUGAGGCACAUGGCGUCAAGAUAGGGAACAUUAAUUUAUUGGUAAUUAACACAAGCAUAUUAUCCUGCAAGCCUUCUUUGAGCUGUCAAGGAAUGAUACUUUACCUGGAAUUCAAUUACCAUAACAACACUACAGAUGGUUUCCAGAAAGAGAGUUAGUUAGUGUUAGUAAGUCAUUAUCUUUGAGUAGGUAAAUUUAUAAUUAUUAUUAAUGUAUAAUUAUUGUUUUUURUUKGUUUGUUAUUAUUAAUGUUAGGCAAUUUGCAAAUAUCAAAACUAUCUACAAUUAUCCAGGUAGAUAUUUGAAGACAGGGUCUAAGUUGUACUCUUAAAUUAGUGCAAAUUAUUAGAUAUUUUUUGUUACAUGUUCCUUGUACUAUUUGACGGAGUUUGUUUUUGUUUUCGCAAAUUAGUACAAAAUCCAUUUUACCGUAUAAUUUAUAUGAAAUACUUACAAUUCUUCUGUGUAAUUAUUGCAAUAGAACAUAUUCCAAAAUGAUCCCCUCAUUAGCCUUCUUUUUCYCCUAGCAUAAUGUAAAAUAAACUCUAAAAAUGGUUGCAAAAAAGUCACACUAAUUCAAAUGCAGCAAUCAUGAUAAAGGGUCAUUCGUGACUGUCAUUUCAUUUGCAAAGUGAUUCACAGAUAUCAUUCGUGAAUGCAUCCUUAUUUUGAAUUUCUCUAUUUUUGUUUCCAAUCUGCAUGUAUCAGCCCUUUUGGUUAUCAUUUCUAUAAUCCUAAUGAUAUUUAGGUACUAGAUAGUGGAAAUAAGAAACCAUUGUCUAGGGACUAUGAUUCAAUAUGCAUUGUUUUGUGCAAUACGUUUUAUUUCUGUAAAAUAAAUCUAUUUCAAAGUAUU